CCGUCUGAUGUGAUCCACCUGAUGUGAUCCACCCGCCUGAUGUGAUCCACCUGUCUGAUGUGAUCCACCCGCCUGAUGUGAUCCACCCACCUGAUGUGAUCCACCCGUCUGAUGUGAUCCACCUGAUGUGAUCCACCUGCCUGAUGUGAUCCACCCACCUGAUGUGAUCCACCCACCUGAUGUGAUCCACCCGUCUGAUGUGAUCCACCUGCCUGAUGUGAUCCACCUGUCUGAUGUGAUCCACCUGCCUGAUGUGAUCCACCCACCUGAUGUGAUCCACCCGUCUGAUGUGAUCCACCUGAUGUGAUCCACCUGUCUGAUGUGACCCACCUGUCUGAUGUGAUUCCUUCCUGUCCCAUCUGGAAGUCUUGCUUGACCCCUGACAAACCUGUGUGUUCUGCAGCUCCCUCCCUGGGUGUCAAGAGAUGAGUGCGUUCAGCCCAUGAGCAGCAUGGCGGCGGCGGCUUGGUUUGUGGUUGAAUGUCCAGAGUUUCUGUGCACGAGUUGUCCACUUUGUGUUGCCUUCUUUUUCCAUGGCUGGAAUGGACUUCUUGAAGGUUUGUACGGAUCCUUCAGCCAAGCCACUGGUUGCUGGGUGAUGAGGUGCUGAUGCAAGAUGCUUGAUUCUAUUCUGCUUCAUGAAGGAUCUAAACUCAUGGUCACUCACACUGUGUUCAGCAAAUAUGGACCUCAGGCCACUUGGACUGAGAGUCGACAGCAAUCAGGAGCAUGGCCUUCAGAAGCGGUCCUGCAGAGUCCACAUGAAGCCGUUGCCAUGGUGCCGAUGGCCACUGCCAUGGGUGAAGCGGCGCCAGAGGUGGUGCAUCUUGUUGUUGUUGAUCUGGAGCUCCGGCGAGGCUCUUCAUCCUGACAGGACCAAGAUGUCCUUCGUGCAGAGUUUCUAAUGCUCUGGUCCGGAGUUUUGCCUCGGCAGAUUGAGAGUUGCUCUGGUCUCUCGCGUGGUCAUUUCAUACACUUUUGCCAGUGUGCCAUCAUUCCUGGUGUGUCUCUGAAGUGGUCUCUGGUAAGUGAGUGAAAGUCCUCCGCUGGCUCUGGAUGAGGAGCCAUCUCUCCUUCAGCUGUUCACAGGGGCAGGCGUGACGUUGCCUGGUCCCUCUGAGUGUCGUAUGAGUGAGCGCCGAGGAAGAGUGCUGGAACAAGUGCUUGAUGGUCAGUUACAAGAGUGAACCUUUGCAACUGUCUCAUACCCCACACUCGACUGAGAGCUCCACGCUCAGUCGGAGCAUAACUGCCUUCUGCACUUGACUGUGAUCUGGAGGCAACGGGGCGUCCAGAGCCGUCCCUCGUGAGCUGUGGCAGAAGACAGCCAAUCCCGUAGGGACGAGCAUCGCAGGCCGGUCUAAUGGGUCGUGGUGGGUCAGAGUGGGCUAACAGUUCAUCUGACGUGGUCAGUCUUUUUGUCUCUGUGGAUGCACUCUUCAGACCACUCCCAUUGAGUUCCAACUGGCAGGAGCACGUCGAGUGGGUGGAGCGUCCUCGCCAAGUUUGGUAGAAACGUACGGUGGUAGUUGACAAGACCCAAAUAUGGUCUCAGCUGUCACAGGUUUUCGGUGCCUGAAGUAUAGCCCCAGUUUUCUCUUUUGAUUCGUGUAAACCAUAUUUGUCUAUGAAACUUCAUUCCUGAAAAACUCACACUAACUUUUCUUUGCACGCAGACCGUGCUGACAUAGUUUAGUCAGCACCCUGCUGAGAUUUUGGCGCUGGUUCUUGCCGGUCACUGUGAUGUCGUCCUGGGAUGUCACGGAGCACCUGAGCAACACCGAACACGAGCCUGUUCUCUUGAAACGCUCCUUUAUGAGUGUGAGGAACUUCCAUCUGUAGGGAGGCUGGGGCGAGAUCGAUCUCCUCCUGCAAGCCAGCAAAGAUGUCCUGGAUCCGUGGCAGAGGAUUCACACUCACUUGGAAGUCUGCACGUAUUCCAGCAGCCGUACCUCUCUUCAUCACUGCUCCUCUGGGUGUCGCUGCACCCAGCUCAUGACAGGACACCGGGGGCCUCUGCCGCCGGUCACAGUGCAUAUGGAACAGAGCGGGCUGCGUGGAGUUGCAUUUUCAGUCCCCUCCAUCAGCACACACUUCCUCCAGGCCUUUUAGGAGCUGCCAUAGUCCUUCUAUCACUGGUGGUUUGGGGCCCAAGUGAUUUUUCAGUGUAUCCACCAUGGUGUGAAACGUCCCUUCGGAGGUGCAAGCAAGUUCCUGAGGCGGCUGUAUGUUUGAACCCCACGAGUCAAGUUCGACCCUUUCAAUACCAGACUCCCAGUCUUCAUUUGUGCGCUAUUUUUCCGACCAAAGACCUGAACCGGGUCAGAGCGCGCUCGGAAGAUUGACGUCAGAUCCUUUUAUUGUGAAGGGCUGGCGGGAAGUAUCGAUGUGAUUGUCUGGCGUGGACAGCCGCUUCCGGUGGAAGCUGCGCGCCUCUCCCGCGACACCUGCCCUGAAGGCUCGCCGUGAUGAGCGGGACCCGGGUCAUCUACCACCUGGAGCACCAGGAGACGCCCUACCUGCUCCACGUGCCCGCGCAGCACGUGACUUUGGCGGACCUGAAGCAGGUUCUGAACAAACAGAACCACAAGUUCUUCUUCAAGUCCGUGGACGACGACUUUGGCUGGUGUCCUCGGAGGACGGACGGGUUCGGCCCACGCCUCACCGCACCGGUGGGAUCGGUGACUCCCGACCUCCGUCUUUCCAUGGCCAGGCUGAGGACGUGCAGCGCGCCGCUGGCGGAGACGCGGCUCAGGGUCGCAGCGAGGCGCCACCUGCUGGAGAGAGUCGGCCUCACCCUCUGGACAGCGAACCGUCGUCCGAGGAGGACUCGGCAGAAAGGUUCAGUCGGAGCAGCUCCUCAGCCAAAGUGGUCAGACGGCAGCGAGGGCGCCAUCGGCGAGAGAAGACGCCGCACAUGGAGAAGGUACACACUCACACACACGCACGCACGCGCCCUUGUGAGGACCUCUGCCCCAAAACACUCACCCGCACGACUUCCACUGAGGUCUGAGCCCGCUCGGGCCAAAAGGUCCUCGCAAGUGCGGCAGAACACUGGCACACAGCUCCUGUCGCCUGACUCUGCGUCUGACUCUCAGUCCGAGUCGCUCAGCAGCCUCACUGACUCCAGCAUGUCUCUCACCGUCGUCACCGUAACGCUGGACAUGGAGAAGCACCGCUUCCUGGGCAUCAGCAUCGUGGGCCAGAGCUCCGAGCGCGGCCACGGCGGGGUCUGCGUCGGCUCCAUCAUGAAGGGCGGCGCCGCGGCGGCGGACGCGCGCGUGGAGCCCGGAGACAUGCUGCUGCAGGUCAACGACGUCAGCCUGGAGAACACGAGCAACGAGGAGGCCGUGAGGAUCCUGAGGGAGGCGCUGCGUCAGCCGAGCCCGCUGACCUUGACGGUGGCCAAGUGCUGGGGCGCCUCCCCUGCCGGCGGCUUCUCCCUGCCCAGAAGUGAGCCGGUCCGGCCCAUCGACCCGGCCGCCUGGGUGUCCCACACCGCGGCCAUGAGCGGGAGGCUCCUCCCACACUACAGUGUUCACGAAGACGUUCGUCUGACCGUCCACUCUGACAUGGAGGCGGUGGUGAGGUCCAUGGCCGACCCCGAGUCCGGAGUGGACGUGCGGGACCGUCUGUGGCUGAAGAUCACCAUCCCCCACGCCUUCAUUGGUUCGGAUGUGGUGGACUGGCUGCUCCGCAGCGUCGACGGCUUCGUCGACCGCCGAGACGCUCGCAAAUACGCCGCCACCCUGCUGAGCUCGGGCUACAUCCGCCACGCGGUCAACAAGCUGGCCUUCUCUGAGCAGUGCUACUACGUCUUUGGAAACGCCUGCACUGAUGCCUCAUCGACUCACCAUGAGGAAGUGUCGUGUCACUCAGGAGUGCCGUCCCUGGCGGCGGCGGCGGCGGCGUGGGAGGGAGCUGCUGAGCGUGGUGACUCAGCUCCCAGCAGUGGCUCCAGCUGCAGUAACAACCAGCCAGCAGGGGGCAGAGCGGGAGGAAAGCCAAGACAGGAAGCAGAUGCUGCUAACGGCGAGGACGCCACGCCCCCCCCCACCUUCUCCUCCGUCCCUCAGCAGCCCUUCCGGCUCGCUGUCGGCAAGUCCGGGGACUGCUCUGUUGAUGUCAUGUGACCCGUGUGAGGAAGCACGCCGACCGAGCGAUGGUCAUCGUCAAGUGUGUUUGUUUCCAAUGUGUUUGUGUCACGUGAUGAUUAAAGGCGAAACUGAGUCCCUGCCCUCUGAUUCACCUGAAGCCGACGUCACUGGCGAGGUCGGUGCAGCAGAGGGCGCCCUGCCGCCGUCAGCUGACCGCCGCCAUCUUGACGGUGACCGGACGACGCGGCUCUGCUGCGGUCAGACGUGACACGGAUCUGUCUCUCGAGCCAGCUUUCACAUCGGCGGAGACGGACGUCGCGUGUCGUGGCGUGACCGGUGUUCGGAGUGGAGAGGACUGCGCCACCUAGUGCUGGAUUGAGUCCUGAACUCGCCAGGAAGAGACGCUACACCGUCAACCCUCUGGGCCACAAGUGGACGCGCAACAAUCUCACCUACAG